AUGUGCCACCAAAAGCAGUUGGUCCCUACUAUGGGAAACCUUGGCAUAUUUCCACCAGAGAUUAUCUUCAAAAUUUUGGACGAGCUUUUGGGGAGCUCUCCCAGAUUGGCACAUGAGAACGUUCACGCCAUUAACCAGCUGAUGAAAACUAACAAGAUGCUAGAACGAUACAUAAAACUCGGAUGGAUAGGGAGCAAUGUGUCGAACAGUUUCAAGCAGCGCGUGAAUGCUGUCCAGUGGUACCCAAACAUCGAUCUUGCGAAUACAGCUCUAACUCUCCAGGGCUUAGGCCCCGAUCAUACCAUGCCCAUCGAAGGCCCCCGCAGCCUAGGCCCCGAUCUCAUUACCGGUAUCAUUUUCGACGACUGUACCGAUUGCUUUGAGUGGUUUUCUGAAGUGCUGCCUCCUACUUAUAUGAGCUGUUGCAACGAGGGCGGUUGGUCAUUUCUUUCUCUGGCACUGCACGCCAAAUCUGAGAAGCUACUUGAUAGUUUCUUCCUCUCUGGCUUCCCUUGCGAACCGGGGGAUUUUAUCGCCGGUAGUAGCAAUGCUAUGGGGACAGGACCGUCAACCAUUGGACUUUCUGCCUCUUCUAAGGACCAUCAGUCUUUCGCUAAGCUAUUUAAAAAACUGAAGCAGGCCUUGAAUGGGAACGGCUUCCAGAGGACUCUAAGAGAUCGACUCACGUGUAAAGAGCGAGCGGCUAUCCGAAGUAUUGCUCCUCAAUAUCUCCAAAAGAUGUUGUAUGAAGCUGGUCUGGCUGCUCUGCAUCCAACUCUUCGUUAUAGUCCAUACUACUCUGGUAAGCGAACCCAGAUGUACUAA